AUGACAGAAUUGGCGAAUUACAAGAGGCUUGAGAAGGUAGGUGAGGGUACUUAUGGUGUGGUUUACAAGGCUUUAGACCUUCGCCAUGGCCAAAGAGUGGUGGCGCUUAAGAAAAUCCGGCUGGAGAGCGAGGACGAAGGUGUGCCCAGCACUGCGAUCCGCGAGAUCUCGCUGCUUAAGGAGCUCAAGGACGACAACAUCGUGAGAUUAUACGAUAUUGUGCACUCAGAUGCGCACAAAUUGUACUUGGUUUUUGAAUUUUUGGAUCUAGAUCUCAAGCGGUACAUGGAGUCGGUCCCCAAGGACCAGCCGCUGGGCGACAACAUCAUCAAGAAGUUCAUGAUGCAGUUGUGCAAGGGAAUUGCGUACUGUCACUCGCACCGGAUCCUGCAUCGCGACCUGAAGCCGCAGAACCUGCUGAUCAACCGCGACGGUAACCUCAAACUGGGGGAUUUUGGGCUGGCUCGUGCGUUUGGUGUGCCUCUGCGUGCGUAUACGCACGAAAUCGUGACGUUGUGGUACCGUGCGCCCGAGGUGUUGCUUGGUGGCAAGCAAUACUCGACCGGCGUGGACAUAUGGUCGAUUGGAUGCAUUUUUGCUGAGAUGUGCAACCGCAAGCCGGUUUUCAGUGGCGAUAGCGAGAUCGACCAGAUCUUCAAGAUCUUCCGCGUCUUGGGCACGCCCACCGAGGCGGUGUGGCCAGACAUCGUGUACCUGCCUGACUUCAAACCGAAGUUCCCCAAAUGGCAUCCAAAGGAACUGCGCCAGGUGGUUCCAUCGCUGGACGAGCAGGGCAUUGACCUACUACAGAAGCUACUGACCUACGAUCCAAUCAACCGGAUCAGCGCCAAGCGCGCGGUGAUGCAUCCAUACUUCCAAGAGAGCGAGUAUUAG